AUGGGUAUAUCGAGGAUCCAAUAUCCUCCUACUAUUCUGCCAAUUCAUCCCUUCUUCAACAUAUGCGCCCUUGGAAUCAUGGCUACAUUCGUCACGCAUAAGAUCAUGGGCACUGCUCUUCAAACUACCGAGAGGUAUACAGACUUGCAAGCACGAGGUGUGGGUGCCUUUGGAGUGAUCUGCUCAGCACAUGAUUCAAAGGCCAACCGAACGGUUGCCAUAAAGAAGAUAGGGAAUCCUUUUGAUAGUUCUGCCCGGGUCAAGCGCACGUAUCGCGAGUUAAUCAGCAUCACAGAUAUCUUCAUCUCACCAGCGGAAGAUCUUUAUCUUGUGAUGGACUGUUGCAUGACAGACCUUCAUGAAUUGAUCCAAUCAAGAUCGAAGCCACUGGAUAACAAGUUCAUCCAGUUCUUUACCUACCAACUGCUGCGAGGAUUAAAAUUCAUCCACUCUGCUGGUGUUAUCCAUCGUGAUCUUAAACCUAGCAACGUUCUGAUCAAAGAAAACUGCGACUUGAAGAUUUGUGACUUUGGUCUAGCUCGAGAACAAGAUCAUCAGAUGACUGGCUAUGUCUCCACACGAUAUUACCGAGCUCCAGAAAUAAUGUUGACUUGGCAAAGAUACAGCUAUGCAGUGGAUAUCUGGAGUACUGGUUGCAUUCUGGCAGAGAUGCUCCUAGGGAAAGUCCUCUUACCGGGAACAGACAAUGUGCAUCAUUUCAAACUGAUGACUGAGAUGUUUGGGAAACCACCCAAAGAGUUUAUGGAGACAGUGUACAGCGACGUUACGAUGAAGUUUGUGAACUCGCUACCUGAAGCCGAACCCCAGUCGCUUAGAGCUACCCUGGGUGAUGUAGACUCUAAAGCCGUUGAUCUCUUGGAGAAAAUGCUUGAUAUAGACCCACAGAAGAGAAUCACAGCGGCGGAUGCCAUACCCCAUCUAUACCUUUCAACCUAUUCGGACUUAAACGACGAACCCGAGUGUGAGAAACAAAUUGACUGGUCUUUAUUAGAUUCAGAAAUGACAACGGAUCAAUGGAAGACUAAAAUGUAUUUCGAGAUUUUGAAUUAUCACACUGGUUCUUACAACUGGGAAGACACUGACCCUAAAGCCCACGAGGGAAGAUUUGAGGAUUGGAUGCGUACGGAGAUAACGGUGGGUACAUAUUAG